AUGUUCCGCGAUUGCUGGUGUUGUAUGCAGAAUGUGCCAAACACAGUGUCAGACGAGAAGGUCGGCACCGGCAUGCUUGCCGCGACGUCGUUCGGGUGGGUGGCCAAGCAGAUUGACCUCCUCACGGGCGAGAAGCGUCGUAGUGGGGUGAGCAUCGAGAACAUCAAGACAAAGGGGCUGCGGACGUUGCAAGAGAGCAUGGUGGAGUACAUCUGCAAGUGUAUCGCCAAAAACCGCUCUGCGGCGCCAACUUCACAAGCAUUCAAACCCGCCGACAGUGUGAUUGAUGACGAUGGCGCGGAAAGACAGACGUCGCCCCAAGCAGCAGUUGCCGCCCAGCAUCAGGGGAAUGCGAGGGUGUCCGCGGAAGGAGAGGAGGAGGAGGAGGAGGAGGAGGAGGACGAGGCGGUGACGCGGAAGGACAAGAAGGACGACGAGGAGGAGGAGGAGAAGGACGAGAAGGAUGACGGGGAUGAGGAGGAGGAAGGGAAGGAUGGGGAGGGGGAAGGGAAGGAUGGGGAGGGGGAAGGGAAGGAUGAAGAGGGGGUGGAGGACGAGGUGGAGUACGGGGUAGAGUACGUAGAGGUGGGAGGUGCGGUAGAGGCGGUGGGGUCGGCGGAUGAAAAGAACGAGGAAGCAGAGGAUGGCGAUGCGUGUAAUGCUACGAGGUCGGCAGAUGGGGGGAAGGAGAAGGAUGAGGUUGGCGUGGAGGCAUCGACGGAAAAGGGCCAGGAGGAGGCGGCAUGCGAAGGUGGGAAGGUGUCGGUUGACGCCGGCGAAGGGGCGAACAUCACGGGCGUGCAGGAGACCAGGGAAGCAUCUGGUCGGCAGGGCCCUGAACUGGACGACGUUGAGGAGCUACGACGGGAGAACUGGUUGUUGAGGGCGGAGAACGCUCGGCUGGCGACGUUGCUCAAUGCAGAGCAGGCUCGGCUGGACAGGUUUUUUGUUGGGUUUAGUGGACUCGUCGACCACGUGAAAGGGUUGGCCGAGCAGGUCGACGAUACCGAGAAGUAUGCGGCGGAACAGCUGCGAAACGCGACGGCGGCCAUGUCGGAGACCAUCACGGGCAACAUCACCGGCAGCUUCGACGAAGCGUGGAAGGCAAUGAAGACCUUCACGGAACAGGCGUCGGCGUGGUUGGAGGACUUCGACAACCCGGAGGGUCGUGUGGCAUAUGCACGCGCCAGAGCGAUCGAUGGCCGAUCACGUGACUGGGGAGGUGGGCGAAGCGAAGUGGGGUUUGGAGCUGCCGACAUCAUGAAGGCGGCGACGGAGGCCACCCAACAGUCUUUCGUUGCUUACGGGAUGAAGAUGAUGACCGAGAUGAUCGGCACUCUGGCGUCUGGUCGACGUGGGUCGUCGCCGUCGGCCAAUGACGCCGAUCACGCGCAACGGAGGACGGCCGACAAGCAGGGCCUGAAGAGGACGGGCGACGGAGACGACAAGGAAAGCGCGAAGCGGAGCAAGGGAUCGGACGGGAGCCGCGGCCCAAAGCCUGCGGCACAGAGCGUGGUCGACCAGCUGAAGAAGAAGGCGGGGUGGAAGGUGAUAAGGACGUCGCACAGCAAGGGAGGCCGAAGCGGGGGGGCAGAGGGUGGCCCUGCCGACGGGGUUGCCGCUAACGUCGCCGCUCCGCCUGGCCCGCCUUUGGUUGCCGAGCAGACCCAUCCUCAGGCGAGCGGUGGGAAAGGCGUGACCGACAAGGAGGUCCCAACUGCUCAGGUGGCGAAAGAUGGCGGCGCCGGAACCACCAAGGGACCGUCCGUCGCGGUGGCAGCCAAGGGCAACGCGAAGGCUGCUUCUGCCUCGGUCACCGGCACCACCAAGUCGAAUCCCCGUAACCACCUUGCGGCUACCAGCGCGCCUGCCGGCAAGUCAGGUGCGAACAAAGAUGGGGAGGCCCGUGCGGCCCCUCCUGCUCCGGCAGCCCCGUCUACCGCCCAGGGCGACGCGAAGGCUGCUUUGGCUAAGGGCGAUGCUCCGGCAUCAGCUAAGGGCGGCCCCGUCGCCGACCCUAGCGGCCCCGUCGCCGAUCCUAUCGGCCCCGUCGCCUCCGCCAGCGGCCCCGUCGCCGCCGCCAGCGGCCCCGUCGCCGACCUUAGCGGCCCCUUCGCCGCUCCUAUCGGCCCCGUCGCCGCCGCCAGCAGCCCCGUCGUCGUCGCCAGCGGCCCCGUCGCCGCCUCCAGCGGCCCCGUCGCCACCACUUGCGGCCCCAGCCUCGCCCCGGCCAUGCCCCCACAUAGCAGGGACGUGCAGCAACAUCCCGUGGUUGACGCCGGCCUUGCCGGAACAGCACGUCGCUCAGUCACUCCGCAGGUUGCCGGCACAUCGUCCGGUGCCCCGCCUGCCGCGCCUCCGGUCGUCGCCCCACCCCCUGCGGACCCCAAAUCCGCGUUUCUUCGCGCCCAUUUAGGCGCACGCAAAGCAGUGACUCAGCCGGAACCCGGCAACAACACGACGCCGACGUCGGUAAACGCGACUGCACCCUCACCAGGUGCAGCUGUUGUCGAUGCGGCCGCGGAGCAGGGAGUGAGUGCAGUGCUAGCCACCGGCGGCCGCGCCGACAAGCAUGCCAAACUCGCUGCCGUCCUAGCCAAUUUUGAAGCAGCAAAACGCCCCGAGCACGCCCCUGCUCUGGCCAUCAUGGACUUUGCGCAUGUGGUGCCAUCGGCGACCCACGGAGAGGGUUCGGCAGAGCCGACGGCUGCAACGAGUGCUGUCGCCGAGAGAAAUGCUGGACGGAAGGGGAAGGACAACACCGGGAAAGGGAAGGCGGUCUCUCAGAGGAGCACGAGGGCGAUGUCUGCGGGGAAGGAGAUGUCGGAAGAGAAAGGGAAUCAGGACAAGACGGGCGGCAAGGGUAAGCCGGCAAAGAAGAAGGAGAAGGCGGAGGAGGAGGAUGAGGAGGGCGGCGAGGGAGAUAAAGAGCAUGGACGCAGGGGUCAUGGCAUCCGCCAAGACAGGUCCGGCGACAGGCAUGGGUGGGUGGGCGAGAUUAAGGUAAACGUACAGAAUCGAUACAUCGGCAAGUCGAGGGAGAAGAUGGAGCUGGCCUAUGAGCACGCGAUUGCGUACCUCGUCUACGACGGCUACGUGAGCAAGGUGCUCAUGAAGGAGCUCACCGUCUUGAAGCCGGGGGAGUUGGAUAAAUGGAAGGAGGUGUGGGCGGAGGUCAAGUUCUUGCCGACUGGGAUGUGGACGGUGAUGUGGGCCAGAGGCUUGUGCCAAUCGAGAGCAAGGCAAGGAAGAGACGAUGCUCUCAUGUCGGCGAUGGUAAAUCGCGUAUCGAUGUGCGCGGCGUAUGGGAAGGUCGCGGCGAGUGCGGCGUAUGGGAAGGUCGAUGCGAGCAUGGAGGGGAAGGCGGGAGAGAAGACGGAGAUGGAAGGCGCGGAGGGGAAGGCGGACGAGAAAACGGAGAUGGGGGCCCAGGCGUUAGCGGCAUCAACAUGCGCCCUCUAG